ACAUUAAACAGCAUGGCUCGCUUUACUAUACUAGCAGCACUUUUCGCUGGUCUUGUUUGUCUGAUCCAACAUUCUGCAGUCUUAGCCUUGCCAAGAAGUGCAAUUCAGGCGCCUUCUGACGCAUCGCAAAUACCUAACUUCCCGGGACCUGGUGACAUUCCAAAGCCACCCGGUAUGCUGCACAGUCGGGUAUCACGUCAAGCUCCACCUGAAAUUCCCGGACAAGAUCAAUUUCCUCCACCGCCGCCACCACCGCCUCAAAUGCCACAGAUGGUUUGAUUCAGAUCCCGUCGAAACGCUAGAACAUCGAACGAAAUGACAAACAUUCUGCCGACAAUAGAAGCAAUAUCGUACAUAUCGGUGGCACGUGAAAAACGAGCCGCUAAGGGCACCGGAGGAAAGCUUCCCAGUAAGGCUGGAUAGGUAGAAUACCAUUACCGUUGAAGCGGGACUCAACUUGGCCUGCUGGCGAUGCAUUCCAAUGUACCCGUCAUGCAUUAAAAUAUGGGGGUGAUAAAUAGUAUAUCCAUAUGUACUACAAUCAAAUAAAUUAACAUGCAA